GGCAGUUGCAGCUUGAGCAAGUAAGGUUGUAGUGGCUUGGUGAAAUUUUAUAUUCACUGGGAUCGUUACCUGCUAGUGCUCCCUUGGGAUCCAGAACACAUUAUGAGUUCAAAUGGUUUACGGUGCGAGAGUAUUGGGUGUGACUGGAGUUAUAUAAAAUUUUGUAGCUUGAACUGAAGAAAAAUGUAAUUGUAUUGGAAGAAGCCUCCCAUUAGUUUGACUCUCAGCUCUUCCGUGAACGUUUUGGUCUUGUUCUCUGGGACAUCUAGUAGUAACGGGGUGUUCCAGUUGUGGUAUAAGAAGAAAUCAUGGCACAAGUGUCAGAUAAGAAGUUUCCUGUCAAUGCAAAAGAUUACAAUUUAUAUGAGGAGGUUGGAGAAGGCGUCAGUGCUACUGUGUAUAGGGCUCUCUGCAUUCCGCUUAAUGAGAUAGUUGCGAUCAAGGUUCUUGAUCUGGAGAAGUGUAAUAAUGACCUGGAUGGCAUCCGUCGAGAGGUACAGACAAUGACCUUAACUGAUCAUUCAAAUUUAUUACGGGCACACUGCUCAUUCACUACAGGCCACAACCUUUGGGUUGUGAUGCCAUACAUGGCUGGGGGAUCUUGCCUUCAUAUAAUGAAAUCUUCUUUUGCGGAAGGAUUUGAAGAGCCUGUUAUUGCUACCUUACUACGCGAGGUCCUCAAAGCUCUUGUUUAUCUUCAUGCCCAUGGACACAUCCAUAGAGAUGUGAAGGCUGGGAAUAUAUUACUUGAUUCGAAUGGGGCAGUUAAGUUAGCAGACUUUGGAGUAUCUGCAUGCAUGUUUGAUACCGGGGAUAGGCAACGUUCAAGAAAUACUUUUGUUGGAACUCCAUGCUGGAUGGCUCCUGAAGUUAUGCAGCAAUUGCAUGGAUAUGACUUUAAAGCAGAUAUCUGGUCAUUUGGAAUAACAGCGCUCGAACUUGCUCAUGGCCAUGCACCUUUCUCCAAAUACCCACCAAUGAAGGUUCUGCUGAUGACCCUACAAAAUGCACCACCUGGUCUUGAUUAUGAAAGGGACAAGAAAUUUUCAAAGUCGUUCAAAGAACUGGUAGCUGCUUGCUUAGUGAAGGAUCCAAAGAAACGCCCCUCUUCAGAAAAGCUUUUGAAGCAUCAUUUCUUCAAACAGGCACGCUCAAAUGAUUAUCUGGCACGGACUAUCCUUGAUGGCCUUUCCCCUCUAGGUGAUCGUUUUAGAAUGCUAAAGGCAAAAGAAGCGGAUUUCCUUGUACAGAACCAGGCCUUAUAUGAAGAUAAGGAGCACUUAUCACAGCAAGAAUACAUUCGAGGAAUCAGUGCCUGGAAUUUCAAUCUGGAGGAUUUGAAGAACCAGGCAGCCCUUAUUCAGGAUUGUGAUAGCAUUUCAAAUACAGAAGAUCUUACUGUAAGUGGCAAGCAGAGGAACGGGCACGAUAAUGUUGGUAUUGCAGAAGAAAUAUCAUCUCCUAAGAGGGCUCAUCACUCAAAUUCUGCACCUCAUAUUGAGUAUGAGCGCAAUGAUAUCCAUACGUUGGAGACAAUUGGUGCAUUUCCUAUAAAACCGCUUCAAGCACUUAAAGAUUGUUUUGAUGUUUGUGAGGAUGAUAGUGGCGCUGGUAGUCCAAGUUGGAAAGAUGAUAUUCAAUUAGAUUCUGAACAGCCUAGCCAAAUACAGUCAUCGCAAAAGGUUGGGGAUCCCCAAGCUGGAAGAGAUGAUGGUGAGAUUCUGGGACAAAGUAGCUCAUUGCCACAAUCCAUUUUUCCUGCUCAUAAAAAAGAUUUGAGUGGUACACUGUUACCAGAUAAUGUUCUUUCUCCUAGAAAGAUGAAUGGCGAUGGAGACAGGGAAUAUUUACAACCACUCCGAUAUCUAUCUGAACGGAACUAUAGUGGUCCAUUACAGUAUCGUCAAAAGAAAGAUAUUACUAACCAUACAUCUGUGGAGGAUACAUCUGAAGGAGCUGUUGUCCAACGAAGGGGACGCUUUAAAGUCACUUCAGCAGAGCUGAGUCCCAAAGCUCCUACAAACAGCUUCUCUAACCAAGUUUCUGGAGGUUCAACCAAUCCAACAACCCAAAGCCUUACACCUGCCUCAGUUCUUCCAUCAUUGCACUGCAUUUUGCAGCAGAACACUGUGCAGAGAGAAGAAUUAGUUAAAUUGAUAAAGUAUAUGGAGCAAACCUCUGGCAAUACCAUGGAGUUUGCGGAGGCAGGAACCAAUGACCUUUCACAGCUACCACCUGCUUCGUCUAGGGAGAGAGAACUACAGAUGCAGGUGAUUCAAUUGCAACAGAGAAUUGGGAGUCUGGUUGAAGAAUUGCAGAGACAGAAGAUGAAAAAUGUGCAGUUAGAAGUAAAAUUGAAUACUUUUUUCAGAAAAGAGGGAAAGAUAUGA